UCUGUGGCCAACCAUCCGACUGCUAGAUUAGCUGUGGUGGCAGCCAAGGCGGCUCGAGCGGGCUCUUCGUGCCCAGGGUCUCCGCGGCACGUCGUACCGUUUCCUCAUCGGUGAUGCCAACGACUACGCCCGGCAAAACAGGGAGGUGUGGUCAAGACCUCUGCCGCUGCGCUGCCACGACAUCGGCGCCCACGUCAUGCCUUUCCUCUAUAACAACGUCGAGGAGCACGGCAAGCCGUGCAUCUCUUGGUUCGGUCCGAUUCCUAAGGUGACCAUCACCGAUCCUCACCUUGUCAGGGAGGUGAUGUCCAACAAGUUUGGGCACAUCGAGAAGCUCAAGUUCCCAACUCUAUCCAAGCUCCUCGCCGAAGGCGUAGGGAGCUACGAGGGGGAGAAAUGGGUCAAGCACAGAAGGAUACUCAACCCUGCGUUCCAUGUCGAGAAACUCAAGCUCAUGCUGCCAGCGUUUUCUGCAUGCUGUGGAGAGCUUGUUGGCAGAUGGAGUCAAUCCCUUGGUCCCGAGGGCUCGUGGGAAGUGGAUGUCUCCUCAGAGCUCCAGAACCUCACCGGGGAUGUCAUCUCACAAACCGCAUUCGGUAGCAGUUAUCUGGAAGGAAGAAGGAUUUCUCAACUGCAGUCCGAGCAGAUGGGGAGAUUCAUGGCAGCCAUUCACAAGAUUAUGAUACCCGGUUACACGUACUUUCCUACCAAAAAUAACCGAAGGAUGCAUCAAAUUAAUAACGAGAUUGAGAACAUUCUACGAGGUCUAAUUUCUAAUAGGAUGCAAGCUAUACAGGAAGGAGAAAACACGAAAGAUGACUUACUCGGCCUAUUACUGCAGUCAAACAUGACAACCAUAGAUGCAAAUGGUAAAUCCAUCCUAGGAAUGUCAGAAGCAGAAGUCAUGGAGGAGUGCAAGUUGUUCUAUUUUGCAGGAAUGGAGACUACAUCAGUACUCCUUACAUGGACAAUUAUUGUACUUAGCAUGCACCCCGAGUGGCAGGACCGUGCAAGGGAAGAGGUUCUUGGCCUAUUUGGAAAGCAUAAACUUGAGUAUGAGGGUGUUAAUCGACUCAAAAUUGUGACAAUGAUUCUAUACGAGGUUCUUCGUUUGUACACACCAGCUACUGCUUUCACCCGAAAGACAUACAAGGAGAUUGAGAUCGGAGGCAUCACGUACCCAGCUGGAGUGGUCUUUGAGAUGCCCGUGUUGUUCAUCCACCAUGACCCGGACAUCUGGGGAAACGACGUGCACCAAUUCAGACCAGAUAGGUUUGCGGACGGGAUCUCCAAGGCUUCCAAGGAGCCCGCCGGUGCGUUUUUCCCAUUUGGCUGGGGGCCACGUAUCUGUAUUGGUCAGAACUUUGCGUUGCUUGAGGCCAAGAUGGCCUUGUGCAUGAUCCUUCAACGCUUUGAGUUUGAACUCGCGUCCUCGUAUACCCAUGCACCACAUACUGUUAUGAUGAUGCGUCCAAUGCAUGGUGCUCAAAUUAAACUCCGGGCUAUCUCUUCGUAGUGUUAUAUAUGUAUGGCAUUCGCUGCCUAUAUUAUAGUAUAGCCUUUGCAUUGGCCAUGUAAUAUGAUUUUAGUUACAUCCUGCUUUUGAUAACAAAGUACAACAUAAAUUGUGCUCCCGUGAGGAACCCAA